UGCAUUUUAUUUGAAAUGAAAAUCGUUUAUAAAUAUAGUAUUCUUAUUGACAACUUAAGAAAAUAUAAUUAAAAAUAUAUAUAUCAAUCAAGUCAGAAAUUAUUAAAGAAAUGAAGUGAGUGUGUCAAUUUCUUAUAAAAAAAAAAAAAAUUAUUAGAAGUGUCAAGUGACAUUUAAAAUUAACAGUGGUAUAAAUAUAGAUUUAGCCCAUAUGAGCCAUUAUUAAAGCUCAUAGAGUUUGACCCAAAAUCCAAAUUCAGUCUGACCCGUUUAUUUAGAUAAACCCUGUAACUAAAAAUCUCCAGCAGCCGCCCGUCCUCUUCCGCUCCACACCGUGAGCGGCUCUCUACAUGCUACACAGAGUAAUCCGAGUCGCUAAAACCAUGGAAGGUUUGAUUUCGUCUGGAAACUUGUUUCGGAAGCACCGAAUCUGUGAUUUGGAGUUGAAAUUGAUUGAAAUUUUGUCAAAAAUUUCAAUUAAAUUUUCCUCUAAUUUCAAAUCCAAGUCAUUGAUUGGUGCUCCAAAUGCAACAACUUUGUGGUGGAGGCAACUUCUUUUUCUUUCUUGUCUAUGGAAAUCGGAUUUCAUAGCUGGUGCUUUGAGAAGAAGAAUGAGUGACCUUGAGGCUGGAGGCAGCCGCUCCGGCUUGAUGACCAAUAAUACUAAGCAAGACCGUCAAAGAUUGAGAGCUACUCAUCUUUCCGAAUCUGCUAGGAAAGAAGAAAAUGUUCUGUCACCUGGUCCUUAUGAUAUUGGACAAGAGGCACUUUUGUCAUUGACGAGGGAAUAUGAUUUGUCUGCUUUGCAGCAAUAUGGAGGGUUCUAG